UUUCCACUGUGUUGAAAGAGGAACGUCAGCUUCUAUAAAACGAGAUAAGAAGUUCAUCAAACUAAGAUCUGAAGAUGAGACGCGUCGUGGUUUUGUUGGCUGUGUUGUGUGUGUGUGACGGCGUAAAGUUCGGUCAGCUCUGCAGUGGAAACUCUGCCAACAGCAGGAGGACGUCAGACGGCUGGGGAGACGGACACUAUGGAGCCAGACGGGGGACCAGGGAACACAAAGGUCUGGACAUCGUGUGCAGCGACGGAUCGACCGUCUACGCUCCGUUUAAUGUGACUCUGAACGGAGGAGUCAUCGUCUACACCGACGUCAAGAAGGCGGCCAUCAACAACGGGAUCAACCUGAGAGGAGAAGGUCUAUGUUUCAAGUUGUUCUACAUUCAGCCGGACCGACUCUCUGGAUCGGUGAUGAAGGGCGAGAGGAUCGGCGUCAUGAUGCCGAUGCAGAUGGUUUACAGAGGAAUCACCUCACAUGUUCACGUCCAGAUGUGCGACAAGAGCGACCCGACGCCAUAUUUCUGAUUAAAACCCUUCAAGGACCACUAAAGCUCUUUUCAUUGGCUGUUGGUCUGAAAGCACUGCUGUUAUAAACCAAUAAAAUGUAAUGAGCA